GCCGGCUCCGCCCACGUCCGUAUCCGCCGCGAUGCCAACGAGCAGCUGGUUCUGGCUCACGUCACCAACCGCCUGCUCCCCCUCGUCUCCACGCUGACGGUCCAGAUCUUCAAAGACGACUGGACCAGACCCCUCCUCAGCGGGACCCUCUCCUCCCCCUCCCAGGUCCCCCCUCUUGGUCCUGAAGGCUACGCCGCCCCCCCCUCCUCCUCCUCCGCCGCUCUGCCGCCUCUUCUCUCGGACCCGCUGACGUCCACGCCAUCCAAACCCAGCAGCCCUCCUCCAGAGUUCGCCUUCGACACCCCGGGCCGGACCGCCCAGCAGGUGGUCCUCCCCGCCCCGGGACACCACCCCCACCAUCCCUACGGAGGUCUGGGACUCGCCUACGGAGCGUCUCCCUACGCCGGCAUGCUGGGUCAGGGUGUAGCGCGGCCCGGCGGCGGCGGCGGCCCGGGACUCGGCGCGCUGGGUCUCGGAGCCGGGUUUGGACUCGGCGUGCCCUCUUCUCAGAGCUACAGGACCGCCUUCGGGGCGCCGGCCGCGCCGCCCCCCUUCGGAGGCAGAAACCCUCUGGGGUCACACUCGCAGUACCGACAGUACCGACCCUGAUGGACCCGCACCACAACUUCAGACACUCGGUUCAGGAUCUCUGAUGAGAUGUGGAUUCUUCCGUCCGGACUCGCUGUGGGACCCCAGAUAACUUAAGACCUCGUAGUGCGAGCUUCCCCGGACUUUAGGAGCCAGACCAGGAGGAUGUUGGGGUAUUUAUGUCCUGAUAAGGGGACCAAGAGGUUCGAUGUGGUGUGUUUGAGUCUCUUAUUUUUAUCAGGAUCUUUGGAAACCCCCUCGCCGUGGGGCUCAGUGUGUCUUUACUUUACUUAUUUUGGGUUGUUUUGUAAGACGAACGGUUACGAGGAAAACAUUCCUGGUGAGAGGACAAAAUA